AUGCACCGCUCUGUCCGCUUUUCCGAGUUUGUUACGUACCGUGUCUUUUGGAUCAACAAGAAAGCCAAGAGCCGCAAGGGCUACCUUCGCUCAUGGGAGCCUAGGAAACAACUCCGCGAGGAUGGCUUUACCAAACAUCUUCACCUCAUUGACCGCUGGAAAAGGAGCAAUCUCAAAGAUCUGGAGUCUUUCUGCGAGGGCAGUGAUGAAGAUAAGAAGCUGAUUGGUGCCAGCGCAACAGGGCGCUGCAUGUUUGAGGCUCUCAAGGUUGCUGCUUCACUGGCAGGACGACCAGACAUUGUGACCGACGCAGAUAUCGACGUAUUCGCAGCUGAAACGCUAGCCAAGUACAAUGUGGACAUCGAUAGGGGCACUACAUGGAAGGUGUUUCUCGUCUUCCUUCGCAAGCUCCGCGACGAUGGUCGAGACUUCAUCUUCAGAGCUAUUGAGCGUGACAACUUUGCACCAUGUGGAUACGUAGGCCAGAGCCUGUUGGGCAAGCAUGACCUUUUGGACGGCAUCUAUCUCGUCGCUGCGUACAACCACCAGUUCGUUGGACACUGCUUCGUGCUAACCGUCAACGGGGAUCAUCGUGUCGUAUACGACAAGGGGAAACAGCUUGCAGUGGAUGAUGAGCAGAUGAACUGGAUCCACUACUUUGCCUUUAUUCGUCCGUUUAUCGCUUUCAAGAAGGAGUAG